AUGGGAUUCUUCAACGUCAAAGCGUGCCUGGUGACCAGCAUAGUCUGGCUCACCUCAGUGCCAACUGCUGCUGCCAGCUGCGCUCUCCCGUCAACUUACAGUUGGACCUCCACUGGCGCUCUGGCCCAUCCUCGCUCGGGAUGGACGGCAGUCAAGGACUUCACCAAUGUGGUCUUCAAUAACAAGCAUCUGGUCUGUGCAUCCACCACCGACGCCAGUGGGAACUACGGCUCGAUGAACUUCGGCCUCUUUUCCGACUGGUCCGGCAUGGCAUCUGCGAGCCAAAACGCCAUGAGCUUCUCGGCGGUGGCGCCGACCCUGUUCUACUUCCAGCCCAAGAACAUCUGGGUCCUGGCCUAUCAAUGGGGCUCGAGCACGUUCACCUACCGCACCUCAAGUGACCCAUCCAAUGCGAACGGAUGGUCAUCGGAGCAAGCCCUUUUUUCGGGGAAGAUCUCUGGCUCCAGCACGGGCGCCAUUGAUCAGACGCUCAUCGGGGACUCGACACACAUGUACCUGUUCUUCGCGGGGGACAAUGGCAAGAUCUACCGUUCUAGCAUGCCGAUUGGCAAUUUCCCGGGGAACUUCGGCACGUCCGCAGAGGUGGUGAUGAGUGAUUCUCAGAACAACCUGUUUGAGGCGGUCCAGGUGUACACCGUCCAAGGCCAAAAUCAGUACCUGAUGAUCGUCGAGGCAAUCGGAUCGCAAGGGCGGUACUUCCGCUCCUUCACUGCCAGCAGCCUGAGUGGUUCGUGGACGCCGCAGGCAACCAGCGAGAGCCGGCCUUUCGCUGGCAAAGCCAACAGUGGCGCCACCUGGACCAACGACAUCAGCCACGGCGAUUUGGUGCGCACCAACCCUGACCAAACUAUGACUAUCGAUGCAUGCAACCUCCAAUUCCUCUAUCAGGGCCAUAGCCCCAAUACCGGUGGCAACUACAACACCCUACCCUGGAUGCCCGGUGUGCUCACUUUGAAGCAUUAG